AUGUGUGGCGUAUACGGAUUGCUCUCCUUUUUAACGGGACAUCCGAUCGAUGCGGUUCAAUGGCUUUACUACCUGUCGUCCACGGCAAUCAUGGUGUUGUACAUCCAGGGGUACCGGAAAGUGCAAAACCCGAACAUCAACCUUUUUUCGCUUGUGACAUUUGUGUAUCUGAUCGACACCGUUGUUGGGUUCCUCUACACUGCAUAUUUUGCCCAACAGUGGUUCACCGAACAGGAUGACGGCAGCACCGCCCAACUGGUGGCUCGUGCAGUCACCGAGGAGCUGUCGUCGCAGUCUGCAUCCGAGGCUUACGAACUUUUCGUCACCGUUGCUUUGACACUGGUGACCAGUAUUUUAAGACUCUAUUUUACGUUGAUCAUGCUGUCAUUUUUCAAAGAGAUGCGUCUGGCGUCGAAAUUCGACGCCCGUUUCCGCAUCACCACUUCCACAUCGUCAUCGCAAUGGUCGCAGCUCGUUGCAAAACUACAGAUCCAGUCUUGCAAGCUACUCAAUAAAAUUGUUUAA